AUCCAUUUAAUUGAUCAAGAUGAAGUUCAUCUUGGCGAUGGUCUUUUUCAUUUUGCUUUCCUGGUGGGUUGAAGAAGCCUGUUCUAAAGAGAAGUCUUCAAAGAAAGGGAAGGGGACAAAGAAGCGCUACCUGUGCCCAUCCCAGCAGUCAGCAGAGGAUCUUGCUCGGGUACCUGCCAACUCCACCAGCAAUAUUUUGAAUCGGCUAUUGGUCAGUUAUGAUCCUAGGAUAAGACCAAAUUUCAAAGGCAUCCCGGUUGAUGUUGUUGUCAACAUAUUUAUUAACAGUUUUGGGUCUAUUCAAGAGACAACAAUGGACUAUAGAGUUAACAUAUUUCUGAGACAAAAAUGGAACGACCCCAGGCUGAAGCUCCCUAGUGAUUUUAGGGGUUCUGAUGCACUGACAGUGGAUCCCACAAUGUUCAAGUGUCUGUGGAAGCCUGAUUUGUUUUUUGCCAAUGAAAAAAGUGCCAAUUUCCAUGACGUAACCCAGGAAAAUAUCCUCCUGUUUAUUUUCCGAGAUGGCGAUGUCCUUGUCAGCAUGAGGUUAUCGAUUACUCUUUCCUGCCCUUUGGACUUGACUUUGUUUCCUAUGGAUACACAACGUUGCAAGAUGCAACUUGAGAGCUUUGGCUAUACAACUGAUGAUUUACGGUUUAUCUGGCAGUCGGGAGAUCCUGUUCAGUUAGAAAAAAUUGCCUUGCCUCAAUUUGAUAUUAAAAAGGAGGAUAUUGAAUAUGGCAACUGUACAAAAUAUUAUAAAGGUACUGGCUAUUACACGUGUGUGGAAGUCAUCUUCACCCUACGGAGACAGGUAGGGUUUUACAUGAUGGGUGUCUACGCCCCAACUCUGCUGAUUGUGGUCCUUUCCUGGCUCUCCUUCUGGAUCAACCCGGAUGCCAGUGCGGCUAGAGUGCCCCUAGGUAUCUUUUCAGUCCUCAGUUUGGCCUCCGAGUGCACAACUCUUGCCGCUGAGCUCCCCAAAGUGUCGUAUGUGAAGGCGCUUGAUGUCUGGCUCAUCGCAUGUCUUCUCUUCGGAUUUGCGUCACUGGUCGAGUAUGCCGUUGUCCAGGUGAUGCUGAAUAACCCUAAGAGAGUCGAAGCCGAAAAAGCCAGGAUUGCUAAAGCUGAGCAAGCGGAGGGGAAAAGUAUAAACGCAGCUAAAAAGAACACUGUGAACGGCACGGGGACUCCUGUUCAUAUGAGCGCUUUGCAGGUUGGUGAAACAAGAUGCAAAAAAGUUUGCACUUCUAAGUCUGACCUGCGAUCAAAUGACUUCAGCAUUGUUGGAAGCUUACCAAGAGAUUUUGAAUUAUCCAAUUAUGACUGCUAUGGAAAGCCCAUUGAAGUCAACAACGGUCUUGGGAAAUCUCAGGCGAAGAACAACAAGAAGCCACCUCCUGCCAAACCUGUUAUUCCAACUGCAGCAAAGCGAAUCGAUCUUUAUGCAAGAGCAUUAUUUCCCUUUUGCUUCCUGUUCUUCAAUGUUAUAUAUUGGUCUGUAUAUUUAUGAUACACUUUUUCAACUUGUAUAAAAUACUAUCCCAUUUCAUUGUGACCAACUGUAUUCAUAAAUGUCACACUGUGAAAAAGUUUUCAUUUUCAUAACAAUAUAUUGAAUUUUGGAUGCCAUUUUAUUGGAAUUAAAUGCAGAAUCUUAAUUUUGAAUGGCAGCAUGACCCUGUAAUGUCUGUGCUUUAUUAAUGAUGUAUGCAUGUAUAGCAUACAUGAUGCUUUAUGCAUAAAUGAAGGAAAAGCAUAGUGCAUAAAUAAAUUCAAACACUCAUCUACAAUUAGUGUCAUCUGUAAAUACUUAAAGUAGCUCAGAUAAUAAAAUGACAUGCAUGCUGAGUCUUGGUAUAGUCACUGUAUGGAUGUAGUAUUUCAAAUUUCCUUCGUUGGUAACUCUGUAGAUAAGUCAUUUUAUUAUUCUAUUAUUCAAAACAAGCAUCAUAAUUUAAGCUAAGUUGUAUUACAUAUUGUAGUAUAUACCCUAUUAAACAUUGCUUCCAUUUUUUAAGGAGAAAAAUAUCAGCUUUAGUUGUGGGGCUCUGUGGAGAAAUAAAGCUCAGCAAAUUACUAUUUUGUAAAAUCAUCUCAUUUUAAAGUGUACCAUGCUGUCAAAAUGUCACUUAAUAAAGAAAAAAUUAAAACCUACCAAGCAUGUUUGAAACAAAGGGAAAUUUUAGAUUUAUAUAAAUGUAAGCUGGCUUCUGAUAAAAUGAAAAUAAAGAAUAGAUGCAUUGAUUGAAUAUUUAGGUAAAGGAAAUUCUUUUUAAUUACUUUAAAAAACUGAAUAAUUUUUUAUGGAUUUCAUUGUGCUGAUACAGAGUAUACAAAAGCAUAGUGCCUUAAGAGUCAUAAAUGUUUUAAUUUGGAAGAUAGUACUAGAUUUAUGCUUUCACAUCAUUUUAAAGACACAAAGACAAAACUACCCUGUUACUAAAAUAACUUUACUUAGAAAAAAUAUCCACUGUCAUGGAAGGAUUUUAACUUCUCUAUGUUACUAAAAUGUUUACAUAAUAGCAAGUAAAAUUAACCUUUCCCCCCUGAAUUCUCAUUCCUUUUUUUCCUAUGCAUUUGAAUAUUUUGGCAUUUGUUCUAAAAUAUUUAAAGAAUAAGUAAAUAAUGACCUUUUGUUCUUCUUGCCCAGGAAGAAACAAAAGGAAUAGUGUUAGACUUCAUUUCUACUUGUAUUUUCUUUUUUGCUUAAAUUCUUGACAACUGAGAUUUACUUUGAUCUGCUUCCAAUCUGAAAAUAAGCACUUUUUUAGUCUAUGAGACCUCUAGUUGCCAAUAGAUAUCACAGUCAAUGAGCCUUUUUAUUCUUGCCAUAGCUGAAGUUACAAUUAUCUGUCAUUUAUAUAACAUAAACACAAAAAGCUAACAAUAAGCAUAUUUAUGUUACUUGGAGUGCUUUUGUUACAGGAGAAAGUUUGUAUGGCCAACUCAAUAAUAAAAUGUGUUAAAAACA